UCAGAAAAAUCCCGCGCGCGACGCCGCUUGGCCGGCGGCUGUUGCUAAGGGAGGGGCGGCGCGGGCGAGGGCAGCGACCCCCUGGGCUCCCUGGGGAGGCCCAACAUGACCCGGAUUUGUCCCUUUUCUCCAUUUCGCUCGUACCGAGCGCCACACCCGAUGCUGUGUGACCUCAGCGCCUCCCCCGAGCGCCUUCCCUCCUCACAAACCCCCCCAAACCCCUCACCGGAGCCGCGGCCGCCCCUCCCCUCACACGUCUCCCCUCACGGCACCCAGCCAAUCAGCGACGUCUGCUCUGCGCUCCUCACCUCUGAUUGGCUGAUCCCGCCGCCCAGCCUUUAAAGAGCCACAGCUGGGUAGAGAGGCGUGGCUUAUUCGAUCUCUGCCUUCUGAUUGGCUGGCGGAGCGCCCUCACAGCCUAUAGAAAGCGGCUCCGGGGGAGGGGCGGGGUUAAGUUCCCUGAGGCGAAGGAAAAAGGCGGGAAAGCUCCGGAGCUCCUGAGGGGAUUUUUUUUCCCGCCUUUCCAUUUUGGCAUCAGAAAAUCAAUUCAGCGCCUUAAAUCGUACUGAAAUGCACAAAUGAAAUUUAAAGAAAGCUUUAAUGCUUUUUUUCCCUUAUGGGGAGACCAGAUAGUAUUAUCCUCGACCCGUUUUUGGGAUGGAAAAGGGAAUUCCUGCAGGAUGACUGAGGCAGAGAACUACGAGACAGAGAACCUCCAAACUGAGCGGUUUUCUCCCAAAAAAAUGAUUUUCCUGUUGUUUUUCUCCUCCCUGAGAAGACACCGUGGCACAGGCCUUCCUCUCCAGGGUCUCCGACAAGGUACUUCAGACUUGUGGGGCGGCCCAGGAGCGACUGCACCCCCUCAGUUUCUUCACACCUCGGCGAGCCCGGGAGCGGAGGUAGGAGCGGCGGCGGGAGGUGACAGCCGGGGACGGCCGGGGACAGCCGGUGACACAGCGGGAGCGCCCGCAGACCCCGCGCCCGGCGCUUACACAACUCCGGAACGGGGCAAAAUCCCGGGAAAACGGCACCGGGGCAGAGGUGGCAGCUGAGGCACAGCCGGGCCCGGCCCUCGCCCCACGGCACCUGCCGGGGCUGCGGGCGCCCAGAACGGGCUGAAAAGAGGCGAUUUCACCCCAAAAACGUGCGUGGGGAGGGGCCAGGGGAGCCGGCAGCGCCGGGGAGGGGGGCACAGGGAGCUGGAGGGGGAGGGAGGGUUGGACUCGCCCUCAUUUUGGGGUUAAUUUGUGCAUUUUUGGGGUUCACUCCCCGAGUUUGGGGCGUCCCUGACCCGAGGGCUGUGCUGGGGUUUGGGGUGACGGAACCCCCCGUGUUUGGCCUCGUUUAGGGGGGGCUGCGCUGCCCCCACCCCUGCCACGGCUCUGUCACUCCUUGGUGGCUCUGAUUAGCGUUUAAUUAACAUGCCUAGUGGUUAAUUAAGCGCCCCAAUGCUUAAUGAAGCUCCCCAGGGCUUGAGGAAGGCCCUCGGGGUUGAACCUGGGGCCGCGCCCGCGGCCACGCCUCAACCUGCAGGACCAGUUUGGGGCAUUUCCCCUCGUUCCCGCUGCCUUUGGGGCUGUCCCGUGGCAAAAGUGUCGGGAUUUGACUCUGAGGCGGCCGUUCCGAGGUGAAACCCCGGGAUUUGGGACCCCUGUGAGCUUCCCUGGCCCCGGAAUUCCCGCUUUUUACCCCAAAACAGCGUCGCUCUCGUCUCACCAAAAU